AUGAAUGAGGCGUCACGAGAUCCAUUGGAAUAUGAUAUGCAAAGAAUGACACUUGGAAAUAAUUCUUAUACUCCAUCUCCUGAAACUGUUGCCAAAAUCAAGUUCAAAAAGUUACCAUUUUAUGAAUUAAUUGACAUAGUUCUUAAGCCAACUAUUCUAGCUGGUACGGAUAGAUGUAUGCAAGAAUGGCAAUUCAAAUUUUAUGUGUCAGUCGAGAAAGUCAAUCUUGUUGCCAUGAAUCGUGAUGUUUCCCUAGGAAGAAGUGAUUAUAAUUAUCAGUUUCAGAUUCGAAUUAGUCAGUUAGUGGAACCUAUGAGUAAUGAGGUAACCGAUUUUAUUCCUCUUGGACUAACAUUCGGCUUGGUGCUAAUGAAUGUCCAUUACCACCUACGCCUUCUUAUACUCGGCCAGGACCUGAACUCAGACGAUCUCCAAGACCUAUAA